CUUCACUCAGUAGUUCAAGUCUUUGUCUUUUCGAAUAUUUCAUAACUUACUUAAAACGAAAUGGUUUGACCGACUUGAACUGGCUGUUUUCUGGUUUCCUCGUAUUUACUCCAUUUCCAGGAACGCGGGACACUUAAUAUAAAUUACUUUACUGAACGAGUCCAUUGAAUAAGAUUUCCUUAAAGUAUGUUUGGCUGUAUAUUUGACAUGUGAUUACGUAGUCACAGCUGUACUGCUUGUGUACGUGGCUAUUAAAAGCAUGCCGGGAAUCAACCAAUCAGACGCAACAAUUAUGAAUUGCACUUCAAAGGAUGGCUGGGAAGCAUAUUUACAAGAAACCAACACAGGAUUCUGGGUACUGAAGAUAAUAAUCGCUAUGGUGACCGUCAUUGGCAAUGGCCUCGUAAUCUUUCUCAUUGUAACAAGAAAGAAACUCCAUACAACAGAUAACUGGUUUAUAUUAUCUCUAGGCCUGUCAGACCUGCUUAUUGGUAUUUAUAUAACACCGUCAGAGCUGAUUUGUAAAUUUUUUUUGGCAUGUAUUAAGCAACCUGACGUCAGGUCAUUUGUACCUAAUUUUCUGAUCAUUAGCUCGAUCUGUAAUCUAUGUGCUUUGACAGUUGAUCGUUACGUAGCUAUUCUACAUCCAUUGAGGUAUGUUGUGCUGAUGACGUCAAGACGUGUGAAGCAGCUUGUGUUUCUUGCAUGGUUCUUGCCUCUAAUCAUAGCUGGAGCGAGUCUCAUACUUGAUAUGAGUCAGUACAAAAACACCGUGGGCUCAUAUUUGAUCGUAUUCAACAUUGUCCUAGUUUCUCUCAUUCCUUCUUUAGCACUAACAAUUGUUUACUUGCGUAUUUACAUUGUAGUCCUAAACCAACGAAAAAUGACCAAGAGCCAACUGACAAUAAACAUGUCAGGCCAGCCAGAGGACAACGAAAGAAAGUCUCGUAAACGGUUAGAGAGAUCACGUGAUCGCUCCUCCAUACGCGUUUUGGGGAUUGUCAUCACGUUUUUUGUACUUUGCUGGCAACCUUCAACAUACAGAGCAAUCUGUGAGCAUUUCAAAGUGUGUCACGUGACACUCGCAGUAGUGCAAACGUCACGCAUUCUUAUCUUGCUGAAUUCUUGUGUCAAUUUUACGGUUUAUGCUUUACUCAAAAGAGAUAUUCGCAAGGAAUUCCUGGCUAAAUGGAAAACGACCAUUCAAUAUUACAGAGAAAGAAAUUCUUCGAUCAGUACUCGGUCUGUUUCCAGCACUUUGAGCACAUUUUCAACAUCGCUGAGAUACUUGGAUCAAAAGAUAGAACUUGCUGCUUUGAAUAAUAAUGUACAGUGAGAGUACCUGCUCAUUUGCUUGGAGCAUGGUCAAGCAAGUCAGGCCUGUUGUUUAUAUGAAAUAAGACGCAGUAUAUAUACGAGUUGGGAUUCAAACAUUAAUUGAUUCGACUAAAGGAAAACAGCCAGCAGACUUUAGCUUCUUCUGUGUUGUACUUAUUACAAUAAAAAGCAAUGAAUC